ACUAUUUCUGGCUUGAGUUAUGAUAAUUCAGGUGAUCACAGUCAUAGCCGUGCCAAUUAAAUCAAUUGUAUUCUUCUCGGCAGUGGAAAAAGUGGUCGUCGGCACGUUGCCAACUUGCCACAAAGUUCCUCUUGUUCAUCAUUUUCAUCUUUCGAUAGGAUCUGGGACCUCCCAAUAGUUUGUUGAAACUUUAUGAGGGCUCUGUUGGUGGACAAAAUUAUCAGGUUAUUUCUUGAAGGAGAUGUUGAUUAUUACAGGCGUUGCAAAGGGCGAAAUUUAACAAAACGAAAUAAAAUUCUCAGAGAAUAUGUUCUGGAGCUUGGUGAGACUUGUGCUGUUGCUGCCGAUUUGUUGGGUAUCUUGCUGUUCAGAAAAUGAGAAAAAAUCCCUCUUGUAUUUCAAGCGAUCUCUUCACGACCCGUCUGGUCGACUGAAGACUUGGAAUAAUUCCACCGAUUGUUGCCACUGGAAAGGAAUCCAAUGUGAUAUUAUAACAAAUCACGUCAUUCAGUUGGAUCUCCACAAUCCUUUCGUCAACAAUCCGGCAAUGGCUUUGCAGAAUUCGACCAAUGCUGUUCUUUCCACGAGAUAUCUUGGUUCACUUUCUGUUGAUGGUAAUAAAAAGGAUGUUCUUUCUCCACUCUUUGAUCUAAAGAUGUUACAAGUCCUUGAUUUGAGCUACAACGCCUUCAUUGGUGUUGCUGUCCCUCAGCAACUCACCACGCUGAAAUAUUUGCGCUAUUUGAGCUUGUCAAAUGCUGGAUUUGUGGGAAUGAUACCCAGGGAGUUGGGCAACAUGUCCGCCUUGCGCUACUUGGAUCUUUCCACUAAUUACUACAUUUCCUCUUCCUCAAUCACAAUUAAGGACAUGCAGAUGUGGAUAGGAAACAUGAGAGAUUUAGAGGAGCUUCUGCUGGACGGGGUGAAUAUGACGAAAGUGGCUAGCGAUGAAUUGGGCAAAGCUAUCUCCACCAUGCACAGCCUCAGGCGUCUUCAAAUGUACAACUGUAUGCUCUCUGGCCCAAUUCCCCCUUCCCUUGCAAAUCUUACCCGUCUAACCCACCUCCAACUUGGUGGCAAUUCCUUCUUCUACUCCAUACCUGCUUGCUUACACAACCUUUCCAACCUGGUUUCUCUCAAGAUUAGUAGCUGUGACCUCAAUGGCUCGAUCCCUUCUCAUCUGUUGAGCCUACCAAACCUGCAAGAAGUUGACUUGUCUGCAAAUCCGGAUUUGGGAGGGGAGCUAUCAAGCAUUCUGCCGCGACACUCUGCCUCGCUAAACAGCCUUGUUCUUACAACAACGAGUGUAGCAGGAGCAAUUCCAGAUUCAAUUGCAAACAUAUCCUCGUUAAUUCUCUUGGAUCUCUCGGAAUGCUUUGUCCAAGGCACUUUACCUUCUAAGCUAAUGGGGCCCAAAACAUUGAUGAUUCUGGACUUGCGUCACAAUAACUUUCAAGGCCCGCUUCCACUUCCUCCUCCUUCAGUGGUUGCGUUAGACCUGUCCGAAAAUCAUUUUUCUGGAUCCAUUGCAGCUGAAAUUGUGAAGUAUAAAUUUAGCUAUCUGUCCCUGUCUCACAACAAUCUCAGUGGUAGCAUUCCACCUACUAUAUGUGAACCGUUGCCAAUGCAGAUUCUGGAUUUGUCAAAUAAUGGACUCACGGGUGAGAUUUUUCCAGGGUUUGUAAGCUGCAGUUAUCUUGUGGUGUUGAAUUUGGAGAAGAAUUGCUUAGAAGGUGAGUUGCCGGUGGGGUUGGGAAAGAUGAGUUCGCUUCAAACACUGAAAGUCGGGGAAAAUCGUCUGAAUGGAAGUCUGCCAAGACUUGCAAAUGGGAAGCAGUUGCAGAUAUUAGAUGUGGGACAUAACAGUCUGACGGGGAACAUUGCUUCAAAUUGGAUUCUACAGCUUCUUAAUCUUAAGAUUUUGAUCUUAAGAUCAAACAGAUUUAAAGGAAGGGUCCCUGCUGCUAUAAGCAAGAUACAGUAUCUUCAAAUAUUAGACCUUUCAAAGAACAGAUUUACAGGAGUAAUUCCGGACACAAUUUCAGAGAUGAGGAGCAUGGCAAAUGGUUCAGAGAAUACAAAAGUCUUGGAGUUUGCAUGGUUAAAAGAUAAAACUUAUGUAGAGAAAAUAAUCAUCAGAAGCAAGGGAUUGGAGCUGGAGUACGUGAGAGCAUUGAGUUUGGUAAAAUGCCUUGAUGUAUCAGACAAUAAAUUAUCUGGUCAUAUCCCUCAAGGCAUGGGAUCUCUGAUUGGUUUGAUCAUUCUUAAUAUUUCAAGACAUCAUAUUGAUGGUGGUAUACCCAAGUCCUUGGGAAACAUGGCACAACUAGAGUCCCUUGACCUCUCGCAAAACCAACUGUCUGGAGUAAUUCCUAGUGAAUUGCAACUUCUCACAUUCCUAAGUUACUUGAAUCUGUCAUACAAUAAUCUUACAGGAAUGAUACCACAAGGAGGGCAGUUCUUAACAUUUGAAGCCUCAUCCUUCUCACAUAAUUCAGGUCUAUACGGUUUACAGGUGAAAGAGUCAUGGUCGCCUUCGUCAAAGGAUGAAAUCUGGCCUGAGAAGAAAGAAGUGAAUAAAAUAAGGGCAAGAGAGAGAAUUGACAGUUUCAAUGUGUUGACAGGGAUGAGCUUUGGAGUGGGCGCGGGUAUAAUUAUAGCUCCAUUGUUAUUUCUGAAGAAACGCAGGGAAAAGUUCUUCCAGUUGUUAGACAGUAUAUUGAUUUGGUUUGUUGAUUUGAUUCACUGUGACAAGUUGCAGGUGGCGAAAAUUUCGGACAAUGAAGAUCAAGAGAGUUCCGAAGAAAGCAAGAAAUUGAUACGCUUUUGCGUCCAUUGUACUGAAAUCGACAGAGAUACUAAAAGUAUAGUUCACACUAUUUGUAUAUGUUGACA